CUCACGUAUGACACGGGGGGAGGGAGCCAGAUGACUCGGAGGCACAGCCAGGGUGUGCAGCCCUUGGCCCAGGACGGCCAUGAACGCAGCCGACACAAAACCGCAGGUUUACUUAAAACCUUUUUCUCUCAUCGGCUUUCAUUAGUGUUUGAUGUGCGGCCCAAACAACUCUUCUCCUCCCAGUGUGGCCCAGGGACGCCAGAGGGGCCCGGGAGCAGGCUUCCCCACACCAGAGUUCAAAGACCCGCAGGCAGAGCCAGGCGACAGAGAGCACAGCUGUGGACUCCAAGACCAGGGCCCCGUGGUGGAGCCCGUGGAAAGCAGCCCUCCGUUCGUAGACACAAGCGCUCACUGGACGCUGCAGCCUUGGACGAGGAAGAGGCGCUCGGCACUCGGGCCUCCGGCAGUGAGCUGCCGCGGGGCAUCUCAGGCAGAGGCGUUGAAGAGCUGCUGAGGGCCAGAACCUUCCUUGUCCACCUGUCUCACUCCCGCCUCCCGAGGCCAGCAGUCCCCAUCAGAAGAGGCCACCGCAUCGCACAGCCGGCCCUUGAGACUCCACCGGGCACGCCGCACCCCUCGUCCGCACCACGGAGAGGGCUGGAACCGGCCGUCUCCCGGUGGCACCACUUGGAGGAGAGGCCCCAGGCAGCUCAGCAGCGGCUGCGAGCUGUCCGGGAGGCGUCUGGAGCCGAAGCCUGGCCCCUGACCACAGCCGCGGCAGGAAAGGUUCGGUGGCCUCGGAGAACUGAGCAGCUCCUCCGGCUGGAGCGACUCACGGCUACGGACACUCAGCAGACAAAUUCAAGAUGAUCCCUGGAGCCCUUCGCUUUCACCCACUCUCACUCCCAGGGGUUUUCUCCAAUGGGAGAAAAGCAGUGGAGCCACAUGGAUAAACACUUAAUAGUCUUGGCCUUCAGGAAUUAUUUUUAUCGUGCUGGCUGUGUUUUGUGAGUGUCCCCCAAGGACAGGCGGAAAAGCACCAACGCGUCCAGUGCCACUGCGUGUGGGGAACAGCGACAGCGGCAACUUCUUGCUGCGGGGACGAGCCACCAGUGCCGGAGAGUGAGCCGCGGGGCAGGGAGCGGGACGGAACGUCCACACAGCACCUUCCCCAUCCCGUCCCGCACGGCAGUGUGGCUGGGAAUCAAUCUGCGAGAGGCUGAUCAUGUCUACCUUAUAGUAACUGAGUGUCGUUUUAAAAACCAUCCAACCCAGCUCUACUCCAGGGGUGCUGAUUAUGAAUCCGCAGCACCCGACACUGGGAGUCCACUCUGCACGACACAAAGCGCUCUCACGAAUUGUUCCGCUGACACUUCUAAUCCCCUAGAGAACCAGAUGCAGAGUGCAGGGGUUCUUUUACUACUUCAAACAGUUUGUUUUCCACAGCAGUUCUGGGUUUGCAACAAACCUGAGAGGCAGGUACUGGAUUCCCCAUACCCCUGCCCCCACAUCGCUGACCAGACUGGUGCGUGUGACCAAGGGUGAGCCUGCUAUGACACACUGCAGUCACCCCAAACCUGCAGGUUACCUUAGGGCAUGCUCUCGAGGUCACACACACUGUGGGCUGGGAACGACCAGGAGGCACACCACCAGGACUCCACAACAGAAACCGGACUCACGGAGGCCCCCCCUUCCUUGGGCCUCACUGUGGGGAGGGGAGCCUCGCUCAGCAGCUCCCCUACAGUCACCGGGUCGGGGCUCCCAGCUCUGCAGGGCGUCUGACUGAAGAACCCUCCUGAGCCCCGCCGGAGCCCCACCCGCACCCAAGCGCUCAAACAUCCUGCUGCCACGCCACGAGCUGGCACACGGGCACCCGUGCCUGACCCGAACUUCCCUGGUGUGCAGGGAGCGUUACCACAACGGGAGAGGGACUUUCUGUUGAGUCUGACAAAGGCAGUUAAACCUGUAACACAGUCCCCACUUCUGCCUCCCCGGCAGUGACGUCAGGCGACCUGCUGCUCAGCUGCUGGACGGCCAAAGGCACCGAGGGGUAAAAACUAACGCUCUGACCCGCUCGCCGGGCCCCGUUCCGGCAGACGGAGCGGCAGUUCCUCCCUGAAGCGUAACAAGGUGCCUUUGAACUCGGGCAAGGAGUUGGGUCCUCUGUGAGCGUCUCAGACAUAUUAAGCCUUUGAUAUAAUAUAAUGAUGUGUAAGAAAUUAAAUUUGUAACAAUGAUAUUUUAAAAUGCGAAGCGAAUACACAAUUAUUUUUAAAUUUUCA